CACCCUGUGACGCGCCUGGGGCGCCCGAGCUUUUCCCUGGGAUAGCGAUGGAGACUCCGGGCGCAUCAGCUUCGUCGUUGUUGCUCCCCGCCGCGUCCAGGCCCCCGAGGAAGCGCGAGGCGGGAGAGGCUGGGGCUGCGACGAGCAAGCAGCGGGUCCUGGACGAGGAAGAGUAUAUCGAGGGCCUCCAGACAGUCAUCCAAAGGGAUUUCUUUCCUGAUGUGGAGAAGCUCCAGGCACAGAAGGAGUACCUGGAAGCCGAGGAGAAUGGAGACUUGGAACGGAUGCGCCAGAUUGCCAUCAAAUUUGGCUCUGCCUUGGGCAAGAUGUCCCGGGAGCCCCCGCCGCCCUAUGUGACUCCAGCCACGUUUGAAACCCCUGAGGUGCAUGCAGGCACUGGAGUGGUGGGCAACAAGCCCAGGCCCCGCGGCCGAGGCCCGGAGGAUGCAGGAGAGGCUGGAGAGGAGGAGGAGAAGGAGCCACUGCCCAGCCUAGAUGUCUUCCUGAGCCGCUACACGAGUGAGGACAAUGCCUCCUUCCAGGAGAUCAUGGAGGUGGCCAAGGAGAGGAGCCGGGCACGCCACGCUUGGCUCUACCAGGCUGAGGAGGAGUUUGAGAAGAGGCAGAAAGAUAAUCUUGAACUCCCAUCAGCAGAGCACCAGGCCAUCGAGAGCAGCCAGGCCGGUGUGGAGACCUGGAAGUACAAGGCCAAAAAUUCCCUCAUGUACUAUCCAGAGGGUGUCCCUGAUGAGGAGCAGCUGUUUAAGAAGCCCCGGCAGGUGGUGCAUAAGAACACGCGCUUCCUUAGGGACCCCUUCAGCCAAGCCCUGAGCAGGUGCCAGCUCCAGCAGGCAGCCGCCCUCAAUGCCCAGCACAAACAGGGCAAGGUGGGCCCCGAUGGCAAGGAGCUGAUCCCCCAGGAGUCCCCUCGAGUGGGUGGAUUUGGAUUUGUUGCCACUCCUUCUCCUGCCCCUGGUGUGAACGAGUCCCCAAUGAUGACCUGGGGGGAGGUUGAGAACACACCGUUGAGAGUUGAAGGGUCGGAAACCCCCUACGUGGACAGGACACCAGGCCCAGCUUUCAAGAUCCUGGAGCCGGGUCGCAGGGAGCGGCUGGGGCUGAAGAUGGCCAACGAGGCUGCCGCCAAGAACCGGGCCAAGAAGCAGGAAGCCUUGCGGAGAGUGACGGAGAAUCUGGCCAGCCUCACUCCCAAAGGCCUGAACCCAGCCAUGUCCCCAGCCCUACAGCGCCUCGUGAGCAGGACGGCCAGCAAGUACACAGACCGAGCCCUGCGGGCCAGCUACACACCAUCCCCAGCACGCUCCACCCACCUCAAGACCCCGGCCAGUGGGCUACAGACCCCCACAAGCACACCAGCGCCUGGCUCUGCCACACGCACCCCUCUCACGCAGGACCCAGCCUCCAUCACGGACAACCUGCUGCAGCUCCCUGCCCGGCGCAAAGCCUCGGACUUCUUUUAGAGCCAGGCCUGGGCUGGGCCCAUAGACGCUUCAUGGAGCCUGCAGGGCAGCUGUACACCCAGCAGAGGACUCCAGCCUUCUCGGGGCCCAGGCCUGGGCCAAAGCUGUUGACUACGCCAGGAGCCACUGGAGAAAGGGGCUGUGCUGGGGCCAGGCUGGCACGGGAUGCACGUGCCCACGCCACAUCCCAGGGCCUUGCCAAGCUGUUUGCUGUUUAAUCGGCCCCUUGAAGUGUCAUUAAAGAACACCUGGUACAGUC